GGGACGCAUGUGAAAAUGAAAUGAAUUGGAUUAAGUGUUUAAAUAGUAUAAAUGCAAUGUUGGGAGAUUCAUUCAAACAUCAAGCCAUCGGAAUAAAAACAACUUAUAUUGGAAUUUCAUUUAAUUUUAUUGCAAAUCUAUUGUAACACAAACUUGUGCACACUUAAGAAAAUUAUUAUAAAAUAGAAAAAAAUAUAUUUUAUACGUGAUGGAUAAUUAUUUGUUUGAAUUUGGUGGAUUAUAUACUUAGCAUAAAGGCACACGAACAUCUUUCUGUAAGAGAUCUGAGCCAUAGAGCGAAUAUCGCUGGAACCUUCAUAUCUCGGUGUGGAUUUUCAUAAGAGAUAUUUGCCGAACACUUGUGCUAUCUUCAUGUUCUAUGGAAAUGUCGAAACGACAAAAAGUUUAGUGAAAACUAUGUGACGGUUUACGCUAAAUAUCUAGCGUUUUAACGAAGGAUUUUAUAGACUUACGUACACGUGUUUACAAAAUAUAUGCACAUAUAUACAUAAUUAUAUAGUUCUAUAUACAUAAAGUGCACAACAUUGGAUUUAUGAGAACAUUUUGUGACAUUGGUGCAGCAGCGACAAUUCGCGGCGCUGCGUCGCAUCCCCAUGCAGCACGUUGAGAGAUGAGCGCAGCGUUUAGUAGCGGUGUUUCCAACGUUCCUGGCCCGCAGACAAGUCAAGCGUUCCCGCUGAUCGACGCCUACCAUAGCCCACUUCCUCAGAGUUUUAGUCUUCUAGACAACAGAACACACUUCCUGCAAGCGAAACAUCACAAGUUCCUGGAAAUGCACCCGAACGGUGUUCGCGGAGUGAACUCUACAACCCCAUACUGCGUCCUGUGGAUCAUGAUCAUCAAUCUGAGCGCCUCCCUGAGCCAGACGCCACAGCCAAUGCGGCCAGACCUCUGGCAGCCGAAUAAGAGCCCGGAGCCCGGAUCGGCAGCCGGAAGGGGCCAGCGAACAUCCGGCGGCAGCCACCUAUCACCGAGACACGUCAUUUUCUCUAACGUCAGCAAAAAAUACCUGUGCAUGGACGAUCGAAGCGUUGUUUAUCAAUCGGCGAAUUAUUCACCGAACCAGUGCGCGUUCUUCCACGAGCAGGAUGGGGAUUUUAGAGACCAAUACUUUAGACAACUGAAUGCAACAUCGGAAAAAUGGUUUCUUGGAAUAAAUAAGGACGGAUCAGUGCGCUGUGGAAAUGUGACUCGUAGGAAACAAGAAGGGGCUAGAUUUAACAGACUAGAUGUGACAAGUAUGAACACCAGAAUAGGGGCGUCGCCGCCUUUCGGGCCAGACCAAAGAAGAAGAACUUGUUGUAAACGAAGGAGGUGUAAAAAUAACAAACUAAACAAAAAGGGUGAUGAUCAAAAAUGUGUAAGACUUAAAGAAAGGUGCAAGAGAGACAGGAGAAAAGUGUUCUCGUUAGACUUAAAGAAAUUAAAGAAAUAUUAUAACAAGUGUAUUGAUCCAGACAGUUACUUUAUGAAAAACUGUAAACGCAAAAAGCUUAAGUCAAAAUCUGGAUCUGGAUCUAAACGCAGAAAUAGAAAACAGUUACAAAGAAAGGCAAAAGCAAGAUGAUAGUUCCGUUUUAAUAUUUAGGAUAUUAAAUUUUGUGAAAUAUUUUUCGAAAGAGAUUAGUGCUUUCAUUGAAGGCUUCCAAGAAAGGAGGAGGAGAGAAAUAUGGAGACCAGUUUCCAGUCUAGCCAUGAAAAUACACACCACUAUCGACAGAAUGACUGUACCCAUCUAUGGUUUACGGUUAUAAACUAUGGGGACGGUAAAUCCAUAACUGUUUAUAGUAGUACAUGUGAUGUGUUAAAACGUUGUUGAUUUAGAUAUAUUUAUUGUUGUAAUGAAUGUCUCUAAUGACUGACUGGACAGAGUGACAUGAUUUAGAAUCUUAUCAGUGGUGCUUUCAGCUACAGAACACAUGUGAAAGUGUUAUCCAAAGACAAUUAAUUUAAAUUGAGGGGUUGCCAGCUUUUUCGCUGAAAGUGAAAUAAGUUUGGUGACUAAACACGCAUUCCUAACACAUGUACAUUUGUUUGCAUUUGUUUUCUUAGAUCUACAUAAUUCUGAAUAUUUAUGAAUUUCAAAUGAUUUCAUUUAACGUAAAUGCUUUACAUGCAUUUAAUUGAAGCAUUUCCUUCCCUAAAGCAUCAGCAUACCGUAUAUUAUCCUUCUAGUACUAAACUUAGAUGUAUUUUUGCUGCUGUUUUGAUUUUACACCAUGCAGUACCUACGGGAUACUUAAAUUCAAAUGAAAAUUCAAGUGUACUUCAGAAAAUACUCUUUUGAAAUUGGCCAGUUUUAAGGGUAAAGUGAACUGUGAUGUUCGGAAAGAUGCCAAAGAUUGUAGAUAUAAUUUAUUGUAAAGUGGCAUUUCUUGCUAUAGCUGUUGACCUACUUUGUUAUUGACAUAGGUCUUUGAGUUGAACUGUUUAAAAGUACACGUAAGUUUAGUAUAUUUCAAACCUUGACCUUUACCUCAUUCUGUAGAAUCAUGACAAAAUCAAAUACAUUUAUUUUCACACGUCUGUGUACAUUUAAUAUAAAGUCAUUUAUCAGCAUUAUAAAUUAAAUCAUUGUUCAUAUACAUACCAUUUGAUAUUUUCGUGAGGUCAUAAACACAAUGACGUGAAACAUUUUGUCAUCGCGUCACUAGACGUUACGGGAAACGUCAUUCCUACGUUUUCGAGACGUCAAGUGACCCAUCACAGCCAUUAUGUUCAGUAUACUUGAUGUACAAUACAAAGAUUUCACUCGUGGUGUACAAAAAUGUUAUAAGCUUAAGUAAAAAUACUAACAAUUUUUUAUGACAUUUCUAAUGACCUUUUUACAUUGCUUCAAGCAUUUUUGUACAGUAUACAAGCUGGAUCUUUCACUUGAUGUGCAAUAUAACUGUCGUAGAUUUGAAAUUCAUUACUUAUUGUAUUAUGUAUACUUAAAGUUAUGUUCUACUAGUGUGACAUGUUAAAUAUGUUAGUGUUGAAUAUUGACCAAUUGCAUUUCGCCAUUAUUUAUAAAAGUACUCUGGUACUUUGCAUAGUCCCUCUUCCAACGUUCCGUGUUUUCUUUAACAUUUAUUUAUCAUUGUAUAUAACAGUAUUGUGCUAUUUCAACACUAGAAGAGGGAACAUGCAAACUAUCAGAUGUAGGAAACAAUUUUAAGAACAAAUUUACUGCUGUUUGCCCAUAGGUCUUCUAGUUUUCGCUUUCGUGUUCUGUUUCUAGAAGGCCUCUACAUGGCAAGCAGUACAUCAUUUUUAAAUAAAAAUGUGUUCUUCCAGUUUUAUUUACAUCUAUAUCAUAGGAAUUUUCAUCGGAUUAUCUCUUUAUGAUGAUAUUUCAAAAAAUCAUACCUUGUAUAAAUUUGUUAAGUGCCAUUUCAAUAAUUAGCCUUGAUAUGCAUAAUUCGGACAAUGAUCAACUUUAAUACAAGCGAAUUCCAAAGUACAUUGUAGUUGUUAAAUUUUGACAUUGUCUUAAACACAGAACAUGCAUUUAAGGAUGCGAAAUGUGAUUAGCUAAACUGUUAUAUAUAAAUAACAAAAUACCUGUACAAUAAUAACUCAUGCAUGCAACUGCAAAAACUGUUUGUUUAUUAUUUGAUAACCUACUGACUGCAAUGUUCUCAAUUCUGUUGUAAAUUAUUUUUGUACAUUCUGUUCCAUCGUGGUAGAUAUUUUUAUUUGUUAAAGACUGGAAACAGACUUUAUAACAAAAUUAAAGCUGAAAAUAC